AUGGAGAAAGACAUAACAUAUUAUAACAUACACCAAAAACAUUUGGUUGAAACAUUUAGUUUUGAAAUAUUUACAUUAAUCUCUAUAUUAUACCUGCAGUUAGGCCUAGUGCUGUGUUUGGUCGUCUGCGUCCUAGGGGACGAUGAUCGGCAUGCUACCUCCGAGCAGAAAAUCCGAAUAAACCACAAGCCUAUAGAAAAUCAUCAUGGAGACCUGUCACAUAUCGGACACGAGGAGCCUGAACAUCAUGAAGAAUACGCUCAUGCAUAUCCUUCAUACGAAUUCUCAUACAAAGUAGCAGACCCAUAUACCAAGGACUACAAAGGUCAACAUGAGGUCAGAGAUGGAGACGAAGUGAAGGGCGAAUACUGGUUAAGAGAACCGAAGGGUAGACUGCGUAAGGUCAAGUAUCACGCAGACAAACACACCGGUUUCCAAGCCGACGUCGAAUACUCAGCUCCUCAUAUACAUGCGUACCAUAACGUAAUCCAUAACUCUCACGACAAAUAUCACGUGGACGAUCUUCCAGAAGUCUCUAUAAGAGAACAAAAUGAGGACAACACUGAAGACCGUGCAGAAGAGUAAUGUCAUUGGAUAUUUGGAAACACAGAACGAAUCCAGACUAUCAAGACUGAAAGCAUGAAUAACGUGAAUGGAAUUAAAUUGUGAUUUUUAUCAAAAUAGAAUAAUGAUGUCAUAUAUCAUCUUGCAAUUAUAUUUUUUUUUUUUGAG